UCCUAAUAUUAUACAACAAGUCUUGUCUGGUUCAGGCUCGAAUGAUGAUAUGCCUAUAAGUAGGCCAUUGUUUAGGGAUAUGUUUCAAUCACACCAUAGAUUUGGUGAAUAUCAUGCUGCAGCAAGGGCAAUUAGUGGAGGCCCAUUGUACAUUACAGAUAUACCAAAUAAAUAUAACUUGGAUGUUCUCGAAAAGUGUAUAGUCAACAUACCAACUUAUAAGACGUACAAAUCAUCGUUAAAUUCGUCUUGUAAGACCUCUUCCUCAUCAACAAAAUUAAGUACAAAAUUGCCACAGAGAAUUUUAAAAAGCGAAAACCCAGCGUUACCAUCACUUCAAUCUUUAUUUCGGGAUUUUACAAAAGUCGAUAACUUGUUACAAAUAUGUAAUCGCAACAAUAAAAUCAAAGUACUUGGUUUAUGGAAUUGUAGACCUCAUAUUUUAUUGGAUUUAUUUUAUUUAACUGAUGUUUAUGGCUUAGAAACAAAUAAUAUAGUUGACAAAGGCAAUAAUCAGAAUCAUAAAGAUUUUAUACGUGAAUAUGCAUUAUACUUUUUUAAGAAUAAACGAGCUCUAUUGGUAAAUUCAAUGAAAGAACCUAUUUCAAUAAUAGUGAGGGCGGAAGAAUUUGAAAUUGUAACAAUUUCACCAAUCGAUUAUUCAACUGGAAAAAGUUAUAACAGAUAUUUCACUAUAAAGAUUGCAUCCUUUGGGUUAAUUGAUAAAUACAAUGGGUCUAAAGCAGUGAUUUUAUCAGAAUUUAUUAGCGAAAGUGUUAGACAAACAAAUUCAUUUAAUGAAAGUGGAGUAAUUUCAGCGGAAAAUCGGCAGGGUAGGAUAUUUUACAAAGUUCAAUUGGUUGGAUAUGGCGAAUGUGGAUUUUAUUUAGAUUCAGAUAAUGGAAGAAUAUGUGGUACUAAGGCAUAUUUAGGAAGCAAGUUGUUGAAAAAUGUCAAAUAUGAUAUUGAUAAGAAAUUACUUUCAAUUGGAUUAGAUAAGGAAGAUAUAGAGAACGAUGGUCAAAGAACUGAAUUCAGAAUGUUAAACCAUGACAUGUUAAAAGUGGAAUUGUUUUUGGAGAUUAUAGUUGAGUAA